AUGGGGGUCAUGACUCCCCAAACCCUCCUAAUGCUGCUCUCGGGGGCCCUGGUCUUGACCGAGACCCGGGCGGGCUCCCACUCCCUGCGGUAUUUCGACACCGCCGUGUCCCGGCCCGGCCGCGGGGAGCCCCGCUUCAUCUCCGUCGGCUACGUGGACGACACGCAGUUCACGCGGUUCGACAGCGACGCCGCGAGUCCGAGGGUGGAGCCGCGGGCGCCGUGGGUGGAGCAGGAGGGGCCGGAGUACUGGGAGCGGGAGACGCGGAACGUCAAGGGCCACGCACAGACUUACCGAGUGAACCUGCGGACCGCGCUCCGCUACUACAACCAGAGCGAGGCUGGGUCUCACACCAUCCAGGUGAUGUACGGCUGCGACGUGGGGCCAGACGGGCGCUUCCUCCGCGGGUACUGGCAGGAAGCCUACGACGGCGCGGAUUACAUCGCCCUGAACGAGGACCUGCGCUCCUGGACCGCGGCCGACGCGGCGGCUCAGAUCACCCGGCGCAAGUGGGAGGCGGCCGGUGAGGCGGAGCAAGAGCGGGCCUACCUGGAGGGCCCCUGCGUGCAGUGUCUCCGCAGAUACCUGGAGAACGGGAAGGAAGCGCUGCAGCGCGCAGAUCCUCCAAAGACACACGUGACCCACCAUCCCAUCUCUGACCAUGAGGCUACCCUGAGGUGCUGGGCUCUGGGCUUCUACCCUGCAGAGAUCACCAUAACCUGGCAGCGUGAUGGGGAGGACCAGACUCAGGACACGGAGCUUGUGGACACCAGGCCUGCAGGGGAUGGAACCUUCCAGAAGUGGGCGGCUGUGGUGGUGCCUUCUGGGGAGGAGCUGAGAUACAUGUGCCAUGUGCAGCAUGGGGGGCUGCCUGAUCGCCUCACCCUGAGAUGGGAGCCACCUCCUCAGCCCACCAUCCCCACUAUGGGCAUUGUUCUGGCCUGGUUCUCCUUGGAGCUGUGGUCGCUGGAGCUGUGGUUGCUGUUGUGAUGUGGAGGAAGAAGAGCUUAGCAUGAGACAGCUGCCUUGCAAAGACUGAGUGAUGCUGUUUGUUCACACCUCCCCUUUGCGACUUAAGAACGCUCUUUCUGCAAAUGGCAUCUGAAUGUGUCUGCACUCCUGUUAGUAUGACGUGAGGUGUGGAAGACCAGCCCACCCCUGCCCACCAAGACCUCUCCUCACCCUGACCUGUGUUCCCUUUUCCACUCAACUUGCCCCUAAGCAGCGGUGGGGCUGGGAGGUCUCCACCCCCAUCUUAACUUCAUGGUGCACUAAGGGCAGCUUUUUACUUCUCUAAUGAAAAUAAGAAUCUGAAUAUGUUUGUUUUUUCAAAUUCUUGCUGUGAGGGGAUGAUAGAUUAAUUGGAAGAGAGGAAGAUUUGUAAAAAUUUGAGUGGAAAUAAAUGGAGACAGUGAGAACUUUCUAGAA